CGGGGGAAACCGGCCGGGAACGCUGAGGGGAGAGGGAGGAAACCGGCCGGGAACGCUGAGGGGAGAGAGCGGGGAUGGGCACUGAAUGGUGAAGGGAGAGCCGAGGUCGGCCGGGAACGUCACCUGUUCGGCAAGAUGGCCUCGCUGAGUGUAAAGCCGGGCCAGCGCUUCACCAUGCCGGACUGGCAGAACAACUCCCUCCUCAUCUCGGCCGACGCUGAACAGCAGCGUUAUAAUUCCCAUCAUAUCCGGCAGGAAGGACGAGCUCUCCGCAAUGAAACUGGCAACCAGGCAAGAUGGGAUGAGCACAACACCCGAACCUGCCUCAACGAUCGUAUCACCAGCGUGGACAGAUGGAGAGAGGCCCUGGCCAGAUGCCUCACAGACACAGAUUUGGAAAUUGAUGCCUUAACCAAAGUGAAGGAGGCAGCAGAAAAUGCCCUCCAGGCAAAGAACUUGUGUUUGGAUGUUGCCAUUGAGUGCCUGACGUUCCGUGAGAGCCGUCGUAACAUCGACGUGGUGAGGGAUCCUGUGGAAGAUGAGCUACUCAGAGAGGUGAAGGUGAUUGAGAAAACCAAGAAAGAGCUGCAGCAGCGAGUGGACGAAGCCUUCAAACAGCUCUGCCUCUUAAAGGAAGCUCGUCAGCAGCUGAACUGUGACCACCGGCACAAGGUGGAAACAUUGGAACUUGAUCGGCAGUGCAUGUCCUUCAAUGUCACUUCUGGCAACAUCUCCUUCAAGGUCAAGCCAACACGGAUCCCAGACGGAACAACUGCACUUCGUGAGUGGGAACUGAACAGCCAGUGCAACAAGGACCAUGCUGAGGCAGAAAUGAGAGCCUCAGUUGAUCUCCGAGGAGCAAUCACACUUAGCAUUGCCCAGACAAACAAUGAGCUGGAUGCUCAGCGUAUAGCUACAGAGUUUGCGCUGAGGAAGAGGAUUAGAGACAUGGAAGGGGCCCUUAGUGAGCUGAGAUGGCAGGAGCAGAACACCUUGGAAGAAAUUGCUGAAAUGGAGGAGGAGAUCCGACAGUUGGAGGAAGAUCUCCGGAAGAGAACGCUGGAUCUGAAAGUGGCUCACACCCGCCUGGAGACCCGCACGUACCGGCCCCACGUUGAGCUCUGCCGGGAUCAGGCUCAGUACGGACUGACAGACGAGGUCCAGCAGCUGGAGGGGACAAUCCGUGCGCUCCAGCAGAAGCGGACAGAGUCGCAGGAUGCCUUGGACGCUCUUUACCGACAACUUCACCGCAUUCAGACCGAUACUGGCUACAAAACCAAUUCUCUGCAGCUGGACAACAAGUGCAUGGACACCCGGAGAAAACUCGUGAUCCCUGUGGAGAAGUUGGAGCCAGAAGUUGACGCUGUCAACCGCACCAGGAACCUGCCGAGGAACAGUCAGCUGGAGCUGGCUUAGCGCGCCGGGAAUUGUGCAAGCGUGGGGGGAAAACUCCCGGUGAUUCAGUUCUGUAGCGAGGAAAAGCGACAUCUGCGUCGUGUUUGGGGAAGAAUGGAAUCCUCCUCCUAGUUUGUUUUAUAACUGUCUGGCCCUUGGAUGAUGUUUAUAGCCUCCCGCGCUCCGAGGAGAUUUAUAAACAAUAAAGGGCCUGUCCCCAGUUGUCAUCCGCGGUGAUUAAA